AUGGUUCGAGCAUCAACUUUCGUCUUCGCUUUGGCCACGGCCUCCACAGCUUUGGGGCAGGCUCAGACUUGUGAUCUGAAUAAUAAAUGUCCUCAGUCUACGCCCUGUUGCUCGCAAUACGGCCAGUGUGGUGUAGGAGCAUAUUGUCUGGGAGGUUGCGAUCCUCGAUCUUCAUUCUCAUUAAAUUCCUGUACUCCCGCACCCGUCUGCGAAAGCAAAACAUACACCUUCGAAAACCUGGACAGCGUCGCACCCAACAAUAAAUACCUCGGAGAUGCAUCAAAGGCGGAUUGGGUCUCGAGCGGAAAUCCUGUGCAUUAUGGGAGCGAUGUGCUCCUGACAAUGGCUCCCAGCACGGUUGGAACACUUCUUGCAAGCACGUCGUACAUGUGGUAUGGGAAUGUCCAGGCCAAGUUCAAGACAAGCAGAGGACAGGGUGUUGUCACUGCGUUCAUUCUCCUUUCUGAUGUGAAGGAUGAAAUCGAUUACGAAUUUGUUGGGGCAGAUUUGGAGGUUGCUCAAUCCAAUUAUUAUUUCCAGGGCAUUCCUGUCUAUGUCAACGGAGCCAAUACCACCAUUUCAGACACUUUCCAGAACUACCAUACCUACGAAAUUGACUGGACUCCUGAUACUAUUACGUGGUUAGUGGAUGGAGUGGUUGCCCGGACAAAGAAGCGUUCCGAUACCUGGAAUGCAACUUCAAACCAAUGGGCCUACCCACAGACGCCUGCUCGCGUGCAACUUUCUCUGUGGCCUGCUGGGCUUUCUUCCAAUGGCCAAGGCACUGUUGACUGGGCUGGAGGCUUGGUCGACUGGAACUCCGCUGAUAUUAAAAAUAACGGAUACUACUACGCCUCAUUCACAUCUGUUACGGUGAACUGCUUCAACGCAACUUCUGCCCCAGGCACCAACACGGGAGUCUCCUACACAUACAACGGUUACUCAGGCACCAACGACACCGUCGUCGAUGGCAAGAACGCCACCGUCCUUGCCUCAUUCCUUGCAACUGGAUUAGACAUGGAACUCGGCGCCUCCUCCGGCACAGCCUCAGGAGCUCAACCUUCAUCCACCGCGGAAACGAUCCCAGGUCAAAGUGGCGGCAGCCCAGCCAAUAUUAACAGCCAUGGGGACACUGGAAGCUCAGACUCAUCAGGUUCAGGAGGGUCGUCCACUGUGACAGGCUUCGUGCAGGGCGCCACCGGCACGAGCAAGAGCGGCGCCGACAAGCUCGGCCAGGAGAAGGUAGUGAAGGGGAGUUUGUUCGCUGUCAUCGUGGCAGUAGCCGCCAUGAUGGCUAUGUGA